AUGGGUUUUUUGCAUUUGCAUGUUGCUUCUUCUACCAGCUUCAAGCCCGAAACUAGUCUGCAGGCCAAGAGGAGUUGCCCUUAUACGGUGAUCAUAAAAACCAGCUGCUCUUCAACCACUUUCACCAGAGACCAAAUCAGCCUCGCCUAUGGUGAUGCUUUUGGCAAUGAGGUGUAUGCAAAGAGGCUUGACAAUCCAGCUUCAAGGACGUUUGAGAGGUGCUCCUCCGACAAGUUCGAGAUAAACGGGCCAUGUACGCGUAACAUCUGUUAUCUGAACCUUCUGAGGAAUGGAUCCGACGGUUGGAAACCCGAGUUCGUCAAGAUCUACGGUCCACAUGCAAACACUGUUUCGUUUAACUUUAACACUUUCCUGCCCAACCGAGUGUGGUUUGGACACAAUCUAUGCCGUGGUGUCUCUGCCCCUUGA